AUGUCAACGUUUCCGCCCGUGGACGCCGCCGUCCUACAGAACAACCCGGACUUUGCCAUCCUCUACGGCAAACUCACCCACGUCGUUCUCAAUCCCGAUGGCUCGACCAAGGAGGACCCCGCGGCGAAGGAGCGAGCUGCGGUCCGCGAGGAACUCGACCGUCGUCGGCUAGAAGCUGCCAAAAACCACAUCCUCGCCCGCGCCAUUGCUACGGCUACUCCCGCAGACCCAGCCUCGGCGCCAAGGACAUCACGGCUCCGGCCUCAACACCAACAACAGCCAUCACAGCCACCCGCGCAGCAGCAACAAUCGAGCCUCUCCGAGCCCCUCGUCGACCUCCUCCUCAUUCUCCCGCCACUGCUGAACCCCGACUCCCCGCCGCUCCCGCAAGCCUCCCUCGAGCUUCUCUUUGCCCACCCGCCCCUGUCCGAUAUCGAAUCCCUCCUCCCAGUUCUGGCGCCCCUCCUCGCCUCUUCUCUGCGCUCCUCCGCCCUCAGUCUCGCUCGAAUCGCCCACCCCUCUACAAACCCAUCCUACCUCCACCGACACAUUGCCGCCCUCCCGCAGACCCUGGCUACUCUCCGCACCGACCUUGCCGCUGCCCAGUCCGCCCUCGUUGCCGACCGCCUCCGCAGCCUCACCGCCCUGACCACGGUUCUCCACGCAUCCACACAGGCGCUGGCCCACCUCGUCCGCGCCCUCGAGGUCAAGCAUGGCGUCGUUGCUCGUAGCCUCGAGCUCCGCGCCGCAGAGGUCAGCCUACAGGCUCAGCGACACGAUGCAGAUGCCGCCCUCGCUGUGGCCGCUGUCCGCCGCGAUGUCUACACCCCUGAGGCCCUGGCUGCACUUAAGAACUACGCUGCACACCUCCGGGAUGCGAGGAUUCGCAGCGAGGAGCGCAUUCGCGGGCUCAAGGCCGAGCUAUCAGAGUAUGGCGUUGGUGUCGACGGCGGCGAGGGCAAGCAGAAGAUGAUGAAGGAGAUGUCCCGCGUAUAUCGCGACAUGGGACGACAAAUGGACGACGUCAGGGGUGACCUCGAGCGGCUGCAUCACAGCUAA